GGUGUUUGCCUGCAAGCAGUUAGCUGGACAUCAGAUUUGACUUGAUGAUGCCUUUUUAAGCUAGACAAUGUCGUUAGAAACUUCAGAUAAAGCGGAUCUUGACAAGCGUAAUCAAAAAAUGGAGAGUGAUGUUGAACUCACAGAGAAGAGUGAAUCACAGAGCCAAAACGUUAGUGACAGCCCUGCACCUUCUGUUUGUUGUUUCUCGGAUCUGUACUUCCCCAGGAGGUACAUUGUGACAAUCUUGGCAACUCUCGGAAUGGUUGUUGUGUAUUGCAUGAGAACAAAUGUUGGUAUAACCAUGAUAACUAUUUUGGAUGAGGAAGCUCAUAUGAAAGUCGGAACACAACAAGCUAAAUGGAAUCUACCUACUGUAGAAUGGAACACAAGAAUGGCUGAACUUCUCCACAGCUUGUUUUAUAUCGGGUUCUUCCUGUCUCAGUUACCCUCGGGAUACCUCACCACAAAGUGGCCUUGUAACAAAACAUAUGGUGCCUGUAUUUUAUUUUCUGCCUGUCUUAAUGUUCUACUUCCGGUCAGUAUUGAACAUUUGGGGUACACAAUUAGCUGUGUCAUCAGAUUCCUCCAGGGAGUCGGGGAGGGCUUUCUUUAUCCGGCAGUCUAUGGCGUACUACGUCACUGGACGACAACCAAUGAUAGGGGGCGUCUUGUGGCAGCUGUUCUGACAGGAACAUAUACCGGUGCCAUCGUAGGAUUCCCCAUAAGUGGAAUAAUAACUCACUACAUUUCAUGGGAAUACGUCUACUAUGUGUCGAGCGGUAUGUGUAUUCUUUGGUAUUUUGCUUGGCUAUGUUUUGUCUUUGAGAAACCAUCACAUGACACGUCAAUAAGCCAGUCGGAAUUCGAAUAUAUAAUUAAAAACCAAGGGAAAUAUAAUAUAGAAUACGAGAAUUUAAAAGUACCAUACCGACAGAUUUUGACGUCAUUACCCGUAGUGUCUUUAAGUUUGUGCCACUUUGCCAGAAAUUGGGUCAUUAUUUUACUUCUGACCAAUGAACCAUAUUAUCUCAGUAUGUUUGGUUUCAGCGUUGCCGAGAAUGGUGUAUAUUCCUCAAUCCCGCACGUGCUUUUGGUUUUAUGCACGUUUACCAGCGGUUACAUUGCGGACUUUCUACAGCUGAAUCCGAAGUAUUCCACCACCUUUAUUCGGAAACUGCUUACAGGGAUAGGCUUUAUAGCACAAGCCGGCUGCUUUUUCGUGUUGACCUUCCUACAAACAGGGGCACCUGUUCUUGUUGUUCUAUCCUUAGCCAUGGGCUUCUUUGGUCUUUCCGUCUCAGGGUGGCAGGUAAACUAUUACGACCUUUCCAGUCGCUAUGCCAACAUUAUAGUGAGUGUGUCAUCAUCUUUCGCUGCAUUGGCGGGAGUUAUCACUCCGCUUGUUGCCGGAGAAUUUUUAUCUUCAAACAGUUUGAGGGGAUGGAACUUGACUUUUUAUGUAACAGGAGCAAUAGUACUAUUUGCUGCCUUGGUAUUCUUAGUUUUCGGUUCAGGUGAGGAGCAGCCUUGGGCAAAUCCGCCAGAUGGUAUUGUGCUAAUACAGAAAGUUGAUCCGCUUGCUCGAAAGCCAUAUACAAUAGAAAGUAAUCAUAAAGUGCCAAGUAAAGAAGAGCCUUCACAUAAAGAAAAUGUAUUUUUGGACCCCACACCAGAGCAAAUUAACAAGGUCGUCAACAGGAUGUCAACAGCGGCCAAAAAAGAUUGAUAAACUAUUUCUUCUUUCAUUCAAAAUGGUAUGAGAUAAUGAUUUGAUGUCCUUCAUUAUUUGCCUUCCGUUGAUCUCAUAAAGAGUGUAUUAUGACGUUACCAUUAUGACGUAACUUACCCUUUCAUUGACUUUGUCUAUGACGUCAUCUAUAUCAUUAGCAACAUAGAGUCUGUCAUGGGAUAGAUUCAGUAAUGUCUCUGUCCAAUCUCCCGAGAGAAAAGAAAAUAGAUGAUGAAAGUAAUUACCCUUGUCAAGGAUGUGAGCCUCCCACAAAUACACCAAGGUCGGAAGCAACCAUGAAGCCAAAGAACUCGAGAAAACGAAAGGAGAUAAAUACAGACUUGGAAGAUGAAACUGAUUCAAAUGAUGAAAUUGAUGAACAAAGAAAUACUGCUAUAAAAUCUUGCUCUUUGGAGAAAAAUUGUUCAGCGCCAAAAAAUUCUUUGCAGUCCUUGGAAAAUGUGGAACUUCAUAUUAAGGAAUUCGAUGGUCUGGAGGGGGAUUACAACGACUAUAGGCCUACGAAUGCGUUAGAAGAAACUUCAGAAAAUCAAAUUAAAUGUACAAAACAGUACAAACAAAAUCGAGAAGAAAUAAAACACAAACAAGGCCAUACUAAAAUCGCUACUGCUCCCAAUGUAUGUGUUCUACAGAAAAUCGCUUCAUUCAAAGAUGAAGAAAAUGUUGUACCAAAAGUAUCGAAACAGAGAAUGAAGAAAAAGGGAAAAGAUUCACUUCACCCACUAAACAUGAAGAUAAAAAUGAAAAAGUUACCCAUCAAAGAAUUAGGAAUCCUUAAACAAGAUGAGGAAGCAAUUUUUGGUGGAAUAUUUCGAUUGCAUGUAUGUAAUAAACAAGAGGGAAAACGGCUUGAAAAAAUAAAGAAGAAAAAGAAAUGUAAAGUACAUAAAAAUCCGCUCAACAACGCCACGGAUGACGAUGUGCCAGAGGAGUGGUUUGGUAAAAAAGUGUGGAACACACUUUGUCAUUAUCCCCAGCUUGGCUCACACGCCAGGGAGGAGUAUUAUCGCCGAAUAAUCAGGUGGAGGAAAGGCUUUGCAUCAGAUGGUAACAAUGAUGAAUGUAUUCUGUGUGACAUUCAACAAGUCACACCUAAACCUUUAUUCAAGGAUAUUGAUACGUUGAAUUACAGCCAUGAUUUCUAUGAUAGAUUUUCUCGGCAAUCUCGGUAUAAGACUUCGUCCUCUACGCCACUCCCGGAGGAAGAAUUGGGCCUUAAAUACAGGUCUCCUUCCCCCGUUCCGCCAACCUCUUCUUUAGGAUCCACCCCUACUUCUCCACUCCCUAGAUUGUAUUCUAAUAUUGUGUCACCUUGUAAAAUAACAAACUCGUCUCCACAGGAAAUGUUAAAGACGAAAUCAUUGAUAAAUUAUGUGUCCCCAAAACACACUCCUGACAGUGAGUAUACGGAGAGUAGAGCCACCAAUCUCCAGACGUUCUAUGUUCCAAGGUCAAAGUUUAUUCACCAAAAAUGUACCCCGAAUAUUCCACCUGUUCGAUGGGCCCCGGAGAGAGAUCCAAGUAGAAUUGACUUUCUCUAUCGGCGAAACGCCUUCAAAGCUUGCUUAGCAAAGAAGGAGACGGCUUUUUCGAAUAGAGUUAAGAUUCCCCCAAUUCAGAAAUUUGCGGUUAAAGACCUUGGUGUGACGUAUUUCCUGCCAGACUGCAAUCAGAAUCUUGCUGAACGUCACGUGAGCAUACCGAAGUGUUACACGUACAGUCCCAGGUUUCCUUGGAAACCAAAGAAGACAGUUUCCGUCCCCGGCUGGAUUCCACCCAUUCAUAGAGGGCAAACUCAGCAGAUAUCUCUCAGCUAAUGUCACUUAUUUGGGGCAGUAUUAUCAUGGUUUAAAAUCAUUUACUUCAUAUGAAUUUAAAAUAACCAAAAAGAAAAUGCACAUUAAAAAACAAAAACAAAAUACAAAACAAGUUUAAGACUUUCAGCAUUAUUAUCACAUGUCCGACCAAGCACCACCCUGUCCAUGAUUAUUUUAUAAUGAUUGGAAGCAUUCUUCAAAUUGUUUUAGCGCAUCCAAAUCUAACUGUAUUACAUGCUGAAUAUUCAAUGAUUUAUAAACUGUAUGCUUCAUGAAAAUAUUUUAUUUGACAUAAAAAUGAAUUGUG